AUGUCAAAAACAAAGAAAUGGACCGUCCACGAAAAACGUCCCCAAGAACCAAAGUGGUUUACUCAUAACGGAUAUAUCAAUACUGAUCCUACAAAGAUCAAAAAGAAUGGAGCUGGAAAGAACAAUUGGGGCCAAGAUGGCGAUGAAUCUGAUUUCAUUUUGUUUAAUAAGAAAAGCACUAGUAGAAGAAAUUCUAAUCAUGAUGUUAAUGAAUUGAAAUUGAUGCAAUUGAAUAAUUCAAUUGAUGCCAAAUUUGGUUAA